AUGUCCACGCCGCCAGCCGCCAAAAGGCGCCGUGUGGACUCCCUUGGUAUCCACAAACCUUUUGUGUCACCUCUAAAGCGUGAUCCCUCCACCACCGGACAAACUACAAGUACUGGAGACUCGGCGGGUACUGCAAACCUCGCCAGCACACACCAGGACAUCAAAGCCCUCGAAGCCAGGAUUCGAUUCUUGCGCAGUCAGAAUGGCAUCCUGGCACAAGCCGCACAAAUCACUGCGCCAACCCCUCAAGCCUCUCAGUCCUCGCAACAAGCAUCUCAACCGUCCCAAUCGAGCCAUCAGCACCAACCGCAAACACGACUCACCCGCUUAUCCCAAAAAUGGCUCCGCGCAAGUCAAUCCGCCGCCGAAGAAGUGUUUGUUUCCUUUGAACAGAGUAUAAAAGACAAUGGCGGCUUUUCCACUUUUCUUGCACAACAAAAGAAACAAUCUACCUCCAACUCUUUCUUCAACGACAAUUUCGACGACGAGAGAGAAAAAGUAAAUGAAGGCAAUGAAGAUAACUGGAGAGAUGAGGAGGGAGACGUGUUGACGGAAAGAGGAAAAAGGCAAAGAAGGGGAGAGAUUGAAGAGCAAGGCCACAAAUACAAAAGAAAAGGGGACGAGGACGAGGCAAAGGAAGAGGAUGGUGAAGAAGAGCAGCAGGAAUUGACGCUGGGAGUUAUGCUCAAGGUGUUGAAUAUCGAUCCAGAGGUCAUUGGGUGGGAUGCGGAGACUUUGGCGUGGAAGUGA